AUCUAAAGUAAGCAGCAUAUCAAUUGCCAAGGGACACUUCACCACUUAAACUACAAACUUUCAGCAUUGCUUUCAGCAGAACUUAUUCUCGAUUAAGUUUGGAGAAAAGUCUUGUGAGACAAUUGAACAAAUAGUGGCUGCACCGACUCAUCAUUACACUCUAGUCCAGGCAACCAGAAACUCCAAGAAUCACACAAUGGUGUUCAACUGCACGGUGAUCAACAAAGGGCUGGAAAAAUACUAUCUGGCCCCCUGUUAUGGAAUUGAGUUCUGCAUUGGUUUUCCUGGCAACCUUUUGGUUGUACUAGGUUACAUUUUUUGUUUGAAGGAGUGGCAGAGCUGCAAUAUUUACCUUUUUAACUUGGCAGUCUCUGACCUUAUUUUCCUGUGCACACUGCCACGCCUUUCCUACCUCUAUGCAAAUGACCUCAAAGAAACUCUUCCCUAUGCUUGCAUUAUCAACCGCUAUGUUCUUCAUGUCAAUCUUUACUCUUCCAUCCUCUUUAUGGUGUGGCUGAGCAUGGACCGCUUCCUGCUCAUAAAACAUCCUUCAAGGAACCACUACCUGCUGAGGCCGAAAACAGCCCUGAUUGUGAUGGGGCUGAGCUGGCUUGUUGUCAAUGCAGAAGUUGCUCCAAUGAUAUCACUAAUGACCCAGGACUUACAGAAACGAAAUGGAAGCCACUGCAAGGAUUUUGCAAGCCUAAAAGGAGACGUGAAUCCAUUAGACUACAGCUUAGGGUUAACUGUGACUGGUUACAUUAUCCCUCUGCUUGGACUUUGCUUUUUUUCCUACCAAAUUGCACAUCUCCUCCAUGUGCAGGAAAGAGCUUUACAGGGCAGGACAUCAUAUAGACGACCUCUCAGGUUUGUUACAUUGGCUGCUGUCAUGUUUCUGGUUUUCUACACACCCUACCAUGUGCUGAGAAAUGUCAGAAUAGCAUCUCAGCAGCCCUGGGCAAACAUGCCGCAAAGUACAAAGAUGAACAUAAAAGCCUUUUACAUCUUAACUCGACCACUGGCCUUCCUGCACAGUGUCAUCAACCCCGUUUUCUACUUCCUCAUGGGUGACAAGUUCAGAGAGCUCCUAAUCUCUAAAUUCAGAAAGAUAGCAGGAAAAACAGAGACGAGAGGAAAACCAACCUGAAUACAGGACGUGUUUAACUUUUAAUUUUUUAAUGAUUAAAACUUUUUUUUUGUAAAUUACUUUAGGCACUGUAAGAUAUUUUUCUCUACAUAGCACCUAUAAAGCCUCAUUUAUUUAAAGCAUUUUGUUAUUAUCAAUGUUUUUGUUAGACUUAUUUGUACCUUAAAUGGAAGAAGUAAGUUUUAUUACUGAUGCUAAUAUUUUGGAAACACUUGUGCAUUCCAAAUCUGACUGUAUUAUUUUACA